AUGAUCUGUUGCUACCGGUUGAUAUUAGGUGUAGGGUGUAUUGAGGCUCGAGUGGUGCUGUUGCUUGCUGUGCAGCUGUUGCCCACGAUCGUGGAUGGAACGAGCGUGGAAGUAACUACUCCAUGGUAUGAUGUGACUUUUGGUGACUGGGAAACAACCACUGAGACAGCAACUGAGUCUACCGUCGACGCUGACCUGACCACAGUUCCUUGGAGCGAGUCUACGGAACCUUCUACCACGGCAGACAACAUUCAGUUUGAGGAUCUCGUUGAAUGGACCGAUGCGAAUGCCUACUCUGUCUACUGUCGACCUGAGCUGUGUCUGCGAUAUAACCGACUCGGAGAGCUGGUACCCAAAAAACAUGUGGCUUGUGGUUUUAAUGGAUCGUUCGCCGAAGAAUGUCCACCAGGUCGGAUGAUUCUGAGGGUAGACACGCAACUUCGGAACUUCAUACUACACCUCCACAACGACGCCCGUGCAAAGCUGGCUCGGGGAGAAGAGCAUGGAAGGACGAAGUUCGCAUCCGCUGUUAGAAUGCCUACCGUGAUCUGGGACGAUGAGUUGGCGAAUUUAGCCGAAAUCAACGUGCGUAGCUGUAGGUUUGAGCAUGACGAAUGCCGCAGUACGUAUCAGUUUCUGCACGCGGGCCAGAAUUUGGCCGUUGGCUCUUACUACCUUGAGACGGAUAUUUUUGAGAUCGUGAACAAUCUGACCAUGCUGUGGUAUCACGAGUAUCUGGAGACGACACAGGAGGUGUUGGAUGCGUACACCACCGAGUACAACGCUACAAUCGGACACUACACGCAAAUGGUUUCCGAUCGAACGACUGCUGUCGGUUGCGGUAUUGUUAUCUACCCGAAAAAGCUAGGAGGGUUUGUAUUUGAGAUGGUGCUGUACGCCUGUAACUACGCGAUCACGAGCAUAGUAGGACAACCGGUGUACCUGAAGGGUGAAUCUGCCAGUCGCUGUUCAACCGGUUCCAAUCCCGAUUAUAACGGACUGUGUAAUGUCGAAGAAAACCAAUUCAUUAAACCUAUACCUGCGUACGUUUGA